UAAAUAAAUACAAGCAUUUUUUUGUAAAAAUAUAAAUACAAGCUUUUGUGAGAUCUAUUCGCAUGCAUUUACAAUCUCAUCAGCUUAUCUUUUCAAUUCCUAUGCCUCACUCUCUUCCAAUCACAGAAUCUUCAGCCCAGAGCAAACCGGAACACAUCCAUGUCUGCUGACCGAUGAUUUUAUUUGGAUUGAUUCCUUUUCGUUUAAUUUCGAGAUCUAACAGUCUAAAACCUUAACAGUCUUCUGUCGGAAAAAAAAUUGAGUUCUAUUUUGUCAGCCAAAAAGAAGAAGAUGGUCGAGAAUUCAAAGAAUCGUCAGGAAUUAGGUAUCUCCAUCGAUGUUCUUCCUCGGAACAGCUCCGACUUAUUCGACGAAGAUGGCCGUGUCAAGCGAACCGGGACUGUGUGGACAGCAAGUGCACAUAUUAUAACAGCAGUUAUUGGAUCGGGAGUGUUGUCUCUGGCAUGGGCUGUUGCUCAGAUUGGUUGGGUGGGUGGUCCAGUAGUUAUGAUACUCUUCUCCCUCGUCACUUAUUACACUUCUAUUCUCCUCUGUGCUUGUUACCGUUCAGGCGACUCUGUCACUGGCAAGAGAAACUACACUUACAUGGAUGCUAUCCACUCUAACCUCGGUGGUAUUAAGGUGAAAUUAUGUGGAGUUGUGCAGUAUGUUAAUCUCUUUGGUACUGCGAUUGGUUACACUAUUGCAUCAGCUAUAAGCAUGAUAGCAAUCCAACGGACAAGUUGCCAGCAAAGUAAUGGAGAUAAAGAUCCAUGUCAUGUGAAUGGAAAUCCUUACAUGAUUGCGUUUGGUGCAAUACAAAUCAUAUUCUCUCAGAUUCCGGAUUUUGAUCAGUUGUGGUGGCUAUCCAUUGUGGCUGCACUCAUGUCUUUUGGUUACUCCACCAUUGGUCUUGGUCUUGGCAUCUCAAGAAUGGUAGAUAACAAAGAAAUCAAAGGCACUCUCACUGGAGUCACGAUUGGGACAGUGACACCCACCGAGAAAGUCUGGAGAACUUUUCAGUCUCUCGGGAACAUUGCGUUUGCCUACUCUUACUCCAUGAUUCUCAUCGAGAUUCAGGACACGUUAAAAGCCCCGCCUGCAGAAGAAAAGACGAUGAGGAAAGCGACUCUCAUAAGUGUGGCAGUGACGACGCUCUUCUACAUGCUCUGUGGCUGCGUAGGGUAUGCAGCAUUCGGAGAUUCCGCGCCAGGAAAUCUCCUCGCUGCUGGAGGGUUCAGAAACCCGUAUUGGUUGCUUGACAUAGCCAAUCUCGCCAUAGUGAUUCAUUUAGUUGGAGCUUACCAAGUCUAUUGCCAACCACUCUUUGCUUUCGUCGAGAGAGAAGCUUCAAAGAGGUAUCCAGAGAGUAAGUUCAUCACAAAGGAGACAAAGAUCCACAUCUUUCCGGGGUCCAAACCUUUCAAUUUGAAUCUCUUUAGGCUUGUGUGGAGGACGGUUUUUGUGAUUACAACAACGUUGAUCUCAAUGAUAAUGCCUUUCUUUAACGACGUGCUUGGUCUCUUGGGGGCCAUUGGUUUUUGGCCUCUAACGGUUUAUUUCCCGGUGGAAAUGUAUAUUGUUCAGAAGAAUGUGCCUAGAUGGAGCACAAGAUGGGUUUGUCUUCAAGUCUUAAGUUUGGCUUGUCUUGUUGUGUCUGUAGCGGCCGCAGCAGGAUCUGUAGUUGGGAUUGUUACUGAUCUCAAGAGUUACAAACCUUUCAAGACGGACUUCUGAGAGCCUACGGAAAAAAAUAAACUCUUGCAAUGGGGGAAGAAAUUAGAAUUAUAUGUUGUAACGUGAUCUCUACUGGGCAAUUCUCUCAAAUAGACAUUUUUUUAGUUUUUGUCACAAAAAUAGAUUUUAAAAAACAAAAUGAUCAAAAUAGAUUUUUUUUAUUUUGAAAA